ACGCGUUGGCUUAAGCGCGCCGAAUCCCUUCUCAUAAAAUCCACAACUCCGAAACGCUAAUUUUCAUAUGUGGAAGACAUAGUACGAUAAGCCAUGGACGAGAUUAGAGCUUCUUCAACGCCGCCGCAAGACGACGGCGCAGGGACGUUUUCCGGUCGGAAACAAGAAGCGUCGGUGAUGGAUGGCGUUAAGAAAGGGUGGAGGUUCUUUUGUGCAUCUUCUCAAGAGACGCUGCGAUAUGUCAAAGCCUUUUUCGUUGGUUGGGGAAAGAAGAUGACAGCAAAGAGCGAGAAGGAAGCGGCUGAAGCAGACUUAAAGACUGCCAAAAUGCAGGUUCAAGCUACCGAGGCCGCAGAGAACACCAAGAGAGGAAUAUAAUUAACAAAUCAAAACUAAUAAUGACAAAAGAUCUGAAUCCUUUGUGUUUCAGCUUGUAACCAUUAGCAUAUAAAUAUUUUGGAAUGAAUAAUAAUAUCCUCUUUUUGGUUUUUGCCUUUCACAA